UUCAUUUUUAUUGGCACCGUUAAUUAGGGUAUGUGAGAUACCGAUCCGAAGAAAAGUUUUCAGUACGACGCCCCUUUGGAGGCUUCCUGCUUUCCUGAUGGCGGCUCCCAUAUCCCCUGACAGAGCCGGAUUAGUCCAUUAAGUAGGCCUAAAAUCGUUAAGAUAUUCGGGAUUCUGUCGGCCAGGCCUGCCACGCCUACAUCGCAGCCAUGGACUUGGAACAGUUAGAGAACGAAGCAAGGGCAGCAGCCCUGAAGGAAGUGAGCAAGAUGCUCCAACGUCCCGACCAGCUCGAGAGGAUCGACCAGUAUGGAAAGAAAUACGCAAGGCACAAGGUCUCCUUGGAGUCCAAUCUCAAGUCUGCUCUACAGGGCCAAUUCGACUCUGUGAAGAACGGCCUGGCCCAGCUCGAGGGGUCCUUGGAACACAUUGGAGAGAUCAGGAAAACGAUGGCCGAAAUUUCGGAGGUCCUGCAAAAGGUUCCAGCCCUGCACAAGCGUUUGGCCGAGUUAAGGGAGGAACAGGCUAGCUAUGGGCAGUACCAGGUUGCCAUGGAUAACAUGAAGCACAUCUUCACCGUCCCCGACAGUCUCGAGAGAGCACAGCAGGCCAUCCAAGAAGGAAAGUUACUUAAUGCUCAUCAGCCAGGAGUGUUUGAUUUCCAGUCUCUUAUGGAACUGGAGGGGUCCAGGGACGACCUCCUGUAUGAACUGCAUCGCGUGCCAGAUCACGACAAAGCUGAUGAAAAGCUGCUGGAACACUACUUCUCUGGAGUUCAGAAGCUGUCCAGUGAUCUGUCCAAGCAGUUGUGGCUCAUUCUGUCCCGGAUGAUGACCACUGUACAGCGGGAACCAACCACCAUCGUCACAGCGCUGCGAAUUGUGGAACGAGAGGAGGCCAUCGAUGCCAAGUGCAUCAAGCGCAACGAAAGCUCAGGCUUCAUGCCACCAGGGAGACCCAAGAGAUGGAAGAAGAAGGCAUUUGAGGUGAUCAAGGACCUCGUGUCUCGGAGCAUUGAGAGCAACCAGGUCCAGAAUCGGGAGCAAAACAAGAUGUGGAUCGUGCUCCACUUGGAACUCCUCCGGAAGAUGACACUUACUGACAUCAAGAUCAUGAAGAACCUUGUUGUCCCCUGCUUCCCUCCUCAUUAUGACAUAUGCAAAUGCUACACUCGGAUGUACCAUGAGAGCCUCGGAAAUCAUCUGAAAGAAGUAAUCCAGAUGGGACUUGAGGGGAAUGAGUUUGUGUCAGUCCUACAAUGGGUCCUGAACACUUAUCCAGACAUCAUGAAGGCCUUGGACAUCAACCCCCAUGAGUAUGGUCCUCUCUUAGAUUCAUCAGUAAUUAAUGACUUGGAGAGAACGUACAUCAAGAAUACCAAUGACAACUUGUCAAAAUGGCUGCCAGCAACACUGGACACAGCAGUGAAGGGUUGGCGCAGCUCAAAUCCUCCUGAUGCUGACGAACAGAAUUGCCACCGCACCACUGUACCUUUGGAUGUGACUGUGAUGGUUGAACAAAAUAUCACUGUUGCCAAAACUAUCAGAUUUGAUACAACUGCAAAGAUGCUAGACGUGUGCAUAGACCAGGUGGUUCAAGUCCUGUACAAGUGGAAGAAUGAGGUCUUGAAGUACAAGAAUGAGUGCUUCCAAGAUCGCAGUCAGCAACUACGAGAUGAUGCAGCAGGUAUGCUCCUCGAGGAACCGUUUGUGGAUCUAGAGAUGCAUUUUGUUGAUGUUUUCUCCAAGAACUGGCUGGAAUCCACAAUCGCAGUGGAGACCAUCUGCGUGACCAUGGAGGACUACUUCAGUGACUAUCGCCGGCUCACACAGGAGAAUCUGAUCUAUGUUGCUCUUAGGGCCCAGCGUACGAUUGCCAUCAAGUACAUGACCGCCAUGCUGGGUGGGAAGCGCUACGUGCCCAAGACCCAAGAAGAUCGCACACGUGCAGGGCAGAAAGUAUGUGGAGAGUCUUUACAAAUGAAGUCCACAUUUGCCAAGCUCUCCUUACCAGUCGGUACAGAGGCGACAUCUCCCUUCGACUGUCUCAAAGCCAUCGGUGAGAUCCUCAAGGUCGCCGAUUGCGAAUUCAUUGCUCUGGAACUCAUCGGUAUGGUGAAGCGAUACCCAGACCUCUCUGUGGAAUUGCUGACGGCCAUUCUGAACCUCCGUGGGGACAUGAGCCGUUCAGAGAUGAGGGAGAGAGCAGCUGAUGCCAUCAUGGAAGGCAGGAAGGAGGUGACAGGUAGUCCUGCAAAAACUGUUUUCUCUGAGUGGUUUUCAGUUGCCCUUGUGAUGAGACAUCUACUCACACAUUCCUUUCCAUUGAGACCACCUAUUACCCUGUUGGAACUGAUCAAGGUUCGCAUCUUACCAGCCAUAGGCACUUGGUCUGAAAAUCCACAGAGAAAAUCCACGAUGGCAGAUGUUGAGGUUAGGUCUGCGGUGGAGAAACUGCGACCCCACGUGAAGAAGCCAAUUCUCCUUGCCCUGGGGAACCCGUUGUUGGACAUGACAACGCAAUGUGAGCGGGAUCUACUCGAAAAGUAUGGCCUGAACUCAGAUGAUCAGAUUGAGGUUGGCCUGCAUCAGCUCUCCCUCUUUCAAGAAGUCAUGGACAGGUACAAGGUGGAGUACUUUGCUGGUGGAGCUGCCCAGAACACAGUUAGGGUGUUUCAGUGGCUUCUCGGUCGAGAUGGGGCAUCAGUGUUCAUGGGUGGAAUUGGAAAGGACCAGGCGGCAGGGAUCCUCGCAGGUCUUGUGGAGGAAACGGGUGCCAUUGUCCGUUAUGCACCUCAUGAUGAGCAGCCCACAGGGACGUGUGUUGCCCUCAUCAAUGGCACAAACAGGUCUCUCUGUGCCCUGAUUGGAGCAGCCAAUUACUUUGACGUCGAUCACAUCAUCCGAGAUGUUGACAACUACAAGUACUUCCAAGAUGCUGAAGUGAUCUACGUCGAGGGAUUCUUCAUCACCCACUCUUUCCCUGCUGCCCUCGAAGUUGCCAAGUUGUCCCGAUCGACCAACAAGAUCUUCACCUUGAAUCUCUCAGCUCCUUAUAUCUGCAAUAAUUUUGGCCGGGAACUGAAACAGAUCUUACCGUAUGUAGAUGUCUUGUUCGGGAAUUCACUCGAGUAUCGUGCCUGUGCGAAAAUGCUUGGAAUGUCUGACAUUGACACAGCUGAUGCAAACAGCAUCGCAUCACUCGUUGCCCUGUUCUCAGAUGAACAUGGCUUGCAGGACAAAAAGUACGGGCCAUUCCGGAGCCACCGCACGGCUGUGAUGACCAGAGGCAAGAAUCCAAUUGUGUGUUACCACAACCGUGAGAUAUCUGAACAUCCUGUGUCACAGGUGAAACAGGAAUGCAUCGUUGACACGACGGGUGCCGGCGACUCGUUUGUGGCAGGCUUUCUCUCCCAGAUGGUCCUGGGACGAGACCUGGAGAAGUGCAUCAAGUGUGGGAUGUAUGCAUCACACGAAAUCAUCCAGCGCAUCGGCUGCACCGUCCCCGAGUAUGAGCCGAGCGAGGAGUUCCAGCCUGCCGAAGGAGAGCUCUUGUGAUAUCAGAACCGUCCUGAAGGUUUGAUCAUGUUUCCAGGAUUCCAUAAUUCUCAGUCUGAUUUUUGUACAUGCCUAGAUCUGACUGUAGAGAAAUCGGUAUGGCUAUGCUUUACCCUAAUGAUUGCAAGUCAGAGGGUCAUGAUUAUAUCCUGAGUACUGCUUUUUGCAAACUGUAGAUCUGUCUAGAAUGAAAUACUUGACAUUUUUUAAGGUGAUAACCUGAGUGACUGAAGGGAGAAUAGCUGAAAGUCUCAGUAGAAAGUCCAUAAUGGUGCAUCAAUUUUAGUGACCUUUUUAAUUUCUCCCCUCAUAAAAAAAUGCUGGCGUAAAAGUUAAAAAGUUAAAAACUGUGAUAGUAAAUCUGUUUCACUUCUUGUGAUAGUCACAUUUCUUUGCUUCAUGUGCCAGAGUCUCAUCUCUCUUUUCCUUGAUUCUGUGAGGAAUGUUUUCUGAUGUAUCAAUACAAUAGCUAUUGAGAUCCUGUCUUGGAUCAUUCUGUUACAUGAUCAUGUACUAAGCUGCUUCCUGCUGUAGUUGCUCUUUAACCAUUGCACUCCUUUGAAUAAAUAUAAUUCUCAUGUAAUGAUGUG